AAGUGUGUGCAUCGGCGAAGGGCACAGUUCGCUUUGGAUGUACACCUAGAUCACAAGCUACAUUUGGAUCUAAUCAUACUAGAAGAUGAUAUUCAUUUUGCUGCUUUGAACCUUUUUUUUCAGCCAAAGAAACGGAAUUGUGCCACAUUGGAGUUUUCAAGGGACGAUACAAGCCUCAAUCCUGAAUGUCCUCGUGUGGCAUGAGCGAGAUAUAAACAGCUGGGUGUGUGUGUAUGCAUGUGUCUUUAGAAACUGUUUAAUCGACCUGCAGUUGGUGUGUUUGUGGAGAGCAAAUGGCCAUAAUAAGGCGUCCUCCUCGCAGCGCGCACACAUUCCUGUGAUGUGGAUCUGUCACACUUUGCAGAGCUUUUUUUGUGCGGAUUUCCUACCUACGACUGGACACAGUUUGAGGAGUUAAAAAGUUGUUUUUAUUGUUUGUGUCUUGAACGUGUCUUUCCAUCAAUCAUCAUCAAUGAUGACUGAGAAUAACGAGAUGGAGAGCGACUCUCAGCUCCAGCGCUCUCCAAGCACCAUGUCCAUCCAGCCCAUGUCAUCCAAGCUCCAGAGACUAAAACGCUCGCUGUCCUUCAAGACCGUCAUGCGCAGCAAGAGCGUGGAGAACUUCUUCCAGAGGUCCUACAGCGACGCUCGCCUGCCCCCGGAUUUCAUCACCGAACCGCCGCCUCCUUCUCCCCCGCUGCUGCCCGGCUCUCCUCUCGUCAGCGAGCGCUCGCCGUCAGUUUCGCCGUCCCUCAGCCCCAACCCUUCCAUCUCCUCCCACUCCCCCUCUCUCAGCCUCUCCCCGUCGCUGCCCACCAAGCCGCCCCGACCUCAGAUCACCCACAGUUUCCAGGACCACAUCUUUCGCAAGCCCACCAACUGCCACCACUGCAAGCACCUGAUAGUGGGAAACUCCAAACAAGCUCUGCGGUGUAAAACAUGCAAGAUGGCUGCUCACCUGUGGUGCACCUCGGAACUGUCGCAGCAGCUCUGUCAUGGGAAGUCUGGGGCGUUCAAGCGAAACUUCAGCUCGCCGAUGCUCGUCAAUGACCAAUUGUCUGUCGUCAAGGAAGUCCAGCCGAGCCAAGAGGCGACGCAGAAGCGUGUAGACCCCGUGUAUGCCGCCUUGCGCUUUGGGACGUCCUUGGCACAGAUGAGCCGCUCCAGUUUUGGCAGUUUGUCAGAGUCGCCAACACGCAGCCUGGGGGAGGGAGGUGAGGAGAUGCAGCAGAGACAGUGCAGCAUGGAGGAAGAGAUAACUCAGGAGACAGGGGACAUCCCCGACCCCGACGACGAGGUCGAGAAGGAGGAAGACGAGAGCGGCAGCCAAGAUCAGGCUGCUGCAGAAGCUCAGCCUCUUGCAGAAGCUCUGCCUCCUGACGAAGCUGAGACUCCUGCAGAUGCUCAGACUCCUGGAGAGGAGAGCAGUUUGAUGGUGCCAAAGCGCAUUGAAGUUCACUCCAUCCACACCUAUGUAGCGCUCUACAAGUUUCUGCCUCAGGAACAGAAUGACCUGGAACUUCAUCCCGGCGAUCGCGUGCAGGUCACCGACGACUCUAACGAAGAGUGGUGGAAGGGCAAGAGUGGCGACAAAGUGGGCUUCUUCCCUGCCAACUUUGUGCAGCGGGUCCGGCCAGGAGAGAGAGUGUGGCGGGUCGUCCAGGGUUUCCCCGGUAACCGAGGGAGAGGACACAUGGCCGUGAGGGAAUCCCAGAUCUGUGUGGGGAAGCAGGAAGACGGCGAGAUGUUUCUGAAGCUGAGCAGCGGGAAGAAGAGAGGGCUGGUCCCAGCUGACUCCAUAGAGGAGAUCUGAGCCUCUGUGCUCACAUCGCCAUCCUUCCUCUUCUACUUCCCCCUGGGAGGCUUCCCUCUUCAGACCGUCACCUCCACCCCUCCUCCACCCCGCCCUCUGCCCUCUCCAUCCUUUCCUGACUGACUUAAACCAAACACAGAUAAACUGGACGAGAACCACACACUUCUCCAAAGAGCUGGAACCACCGCCCCCGAUGGUUUCCAGUUGAACUGAUCUAAUGUACAGUUAUGCAGUAGUCCUGCUUUCAGAAAGGAACUGUUUCUCAGCAGUCUAGUUUUAUCUUUUCCGAUACAAAAAUCAAUGUUUAGUUAGACAAAGUGCUUUAAAUAUGCUUGCCAGAUGCCGGUUCACGUCUAAAAAAAGACGUCUACCAACGUGGGAGGAGGCUGAGGCCUGUCAUGGGAACAUGAUGCCUCUUGUUAGCAUCCUUUUCUUGUUUCUGCCCACUCCGCGUGUCUCAUCCCUAUCUGCUCAUGUCAGGGUCUGUGGCCUCGGGACUGCAUUCAGCUUCAUGGUACUAACAUGAGGCAACUUGCCAAGGACAACUUCUGUCAGCCAGAGAGAGCUGCUGCCAUUCAGACAGAAGAGGAGAAUCAGAUGAAAGGAGUAGACACGAUCCGAAAAUCCUCAGCAGUGUCAGGCGGAGUUAUAACUGCACUCGCCAACUUGAGAGUGCAGAAAUGAGAAGAUUUUCAAAGAGAAAUUGGGAGGCUCUGAGGAUUCACAGGAAACUCAAACUGCAACUUUUCCCACUGACUUUUUCAGUAUAAUAUAACGAUGAAAAUGUGGUACAAAAAAUGAGUCAGCAUAUUUUAUUUUCUGGUAAGAGAGCAUAAAUCAGCUGGUGGACCCAAGGCUCCACAGAAAGGUCAACUCAACACAUUUUUGCAAAACACACCCUUUUAAACUAUUCUACAAGAUACUUCCAGGAAUUUCUUGAAAAUCUUCCCUUGCCUUUUCAUUUUGAUUAAUCCAUACAGGAAUAAGUGUUGGUGUAAAGUAUCUUGUUGGUAACUCAGAAACAGCAGUGAUUGUCUUGUGUUGUCUUAUUGUUUUAAGCUAAGAUGAUGCCGGAGAAAUCAAAAAGGAAGGGAGAUGAAACUUGCGAGUCUCUCUAGGAAAACAGAAAUGGUUGUCCUCCCUCGUUUGUCUGGUUAUCGAGAGCGUUGAGGAAGACCUUCCAAGUGUAACAGUGGCAGCUGCUGUUCCUAUGGUUUCACUCGACAGGCAUAAAAGGGUUGCUUUCUGCAGAGGACCCGCCGAAGAGCCGCAGUGGGUGUUGCAAAUGCUGCACAGCAUUAUUACACGACUUCACCAGAGCUGGAGCAGUGGGAAAUAAACCAGAAAAACAACACAACGGGGACUCUUUCUGACCGUGACGAGGAGUCUAAGUUUCACUGACAGCUUUGGAGGAGGACGCAGGAAAACCGAGGUAGGAGGAGGUGCAGCGAGAGGAAUGACAUCAGCGUUGAGACCGUUAUGAGUCAGUGUGUGCAUGCAGGUAGUGUUGUACCCAUGGGUGCACCAGUCAUCAUCGAUAAAAUGUCAGCCUGUCAUCUCCAUCUUCUGCUCCCCGUUUGGCCUCUCGCGUCCUCUCUUUUUUUGAUGCGGCUGUUCAGUUAUGACUUAAGUGAAGGCAUCUUUUUUUUCUUGUACUGUAUGGAGGUACACUUAUAAUGGUUUGAGCGUCCAUCGAUUCAUUCAACCGUUACUUACGAAACAAGUUUGAUGCAUUGAAAAGGACACCUUGUUCCAGAGAGACGCACGAACGUGAAGAAAAUAUUUGAAGCACAGAAUGCAGCAGUAGAAUGAUGAAAUGAUUGAACUCAUGUCUUCUUUCAGAGCACACAGAUCGAGCUAAUACGAUCCUUCUUUAGUCUACAUUUCAAUAUAUGUGAACGCCUUUAGAGACUGUGAGAAAUAAACUUCUCUUCUUCUUGUAAUAAUGAGAAUAGCACUUUAUUUUGUGUCAUAAGUUGUCCUUUUUGUUGAAGUAUCUCCUUCAUAGUGAUAGCUGUCGUAUUCAACAAUACUUUUCCUGCAACUUCAUGAGAACUGAGAACUACACGACAAUACGACCAUCGUGGAGAAAAAUGGCGUCAAAGCAGAACUGGAUUUAUGAUUUUUACCCAUGUAAACCCUUUGUUAUUGUGUCUAGUUUUAUGUAGCAUCUUGUGUUCACACCUUUGAGAAUUCAAAUUGUUAAGUAUGUGUUUGGAUGUAUCCUGAGUCCAGAGUCAUUGGUUGGCCACAUACCUCAAUAAAAGAUCUUUACAAAACAG